AAAGAUUGGAAAACUAAAAGAGAAAACAAGGGAUUGGUAAAAACUGUGACGUAACCGUGUGGACUUGGUUUAGUACUAUUUAAUAACGUAGCGAUGGCAUUUUGCAAUGCAAUAUCACUGAAAAAUAAAACAUAAGCUCUUUGAAAUACAGCUUCUCCUUGAAGAUUGUUUAUCAGGUUAAACUGUGUGUGUGUGAGAGAUGGAAUCAUCACAGCAUGUGGCUGAAUGGAAUGAAGCGCAAAAGAUUGCUAUAAGUGUUGACCUUGUUGAUGUUGCUAAAAAGCAGCUUGAAUUUCUUGCUGCUGUUGAUAGAAAUCGUCAUCUCUAUGAUGGUCCUGCGCUUGAUAGAGCUAUCUAUAGGUACAAUGCUUGUUGGCUUCCCUUGCUUGCCAAGCAUUCCGAAUCUCGGAUUUUUGAAGGUCCUUUGGUAGUUCCUCUCGACUGUGAAUGGAUCUGGCACUGUCACAGGCUCAACCCGGUAAGGUACAGACAUGACUGUGAAGAGCUUUAUGGACAUGUACUUGAUAGCUUUGAUGUUGUCUCUACUGUUCAAGGAAUUUCUGGCAGUCAAACUGAAGAAAUCUGGAACAAGUUGUAUCCUGAUGAGCCCUACAAUUCUGAUUUGAUUAGUCUUAUUCCGGAGGAUAUCUCUAAAAGGAUCGAUAGUCUUCCAAAGUACACUAAAUAUGAUCUGAUUUCAGCUGUUAAGAGGCAGAUCCCAUUCUUUUACCAGGUAUCAAGACCCUACAUAAAAAGUGACCUAUUUAUCAAGGAAGCUGAGGCCAGAUAUAAAGGCUUUCUGUAUCUUAUCAAGAGAAACAAGGAGAAGGGUAUAAACCGCUUUUGUGUUCCAACAUACGAUAUCGACCUAAUGUGGCACUCUCAUCAGUUAAAUCCAGUUUAUUAUAGUAAAGACCUCAUUGAGGCACUUGGAAAAGUAUUGGAACAUGAUGAUACUGACUCAGACAGAACUAAAGGAAAGAAACUGGAUGUUGGAUUUUCUGGAACCACCAAACAGUGGGAAGACACGUUUGGUACAAGAUAUUGGAAGGCUGGAGCAAUGUAUAAGGGUAAUGCACCAUCUCCUAUCACAACUAGCCCUUUUUCAUCUACCAAGAUCUGUAAAAAGGCUGUUUCUUCCAACGAGAAGCCACUUGAAAAUUUCAUACAAGACCGGAAUGUUGUAGAGGUUUUCUUGGAGUUUGUUGAUGUUAAGAACUUACCAGAUGGACUGGAAGGAAGUUUCUUUGUUUUAUUUUCUAAAUCACAGCCUGAUGCUUUCUUUGAUGCUAAAAGGAGACUCAGUAUUUUGUCAGAAUCUAGAGAGAAAAAUGUUGCAUCUUUCCAAUGUGAACCUACUGGAGAGCUUCUUUUUGAACUCAUGUCCCAUUCUUCUUCAAAGUUAUCAUUAAGAAGAUCACCAAAGACACUGGGUUCUGCUGCAUUCUCUAUGCAAGACUAUCUUAAUCCAGUUUCAAAGCUCUCCAUUGAGAAAUGGUUGGAGUUGGUGCCAAGCUCUGGUACUAUUAGCACAAAGCCAAUCCUGUUACGAGUAGCCAUCUCAUUUACUGUUCCAGUUCCUGCCCCAUAUACGCUCCAAUUGACUCAAUCUCGUCCAGUGUCCAAAAAUACAUGUUUCUUUAACCUUCCAGUUAAGCAUCAACAUGCCAAGAGCUGGACUCAUGUCACAGAUGAAAAUGGCACCAGAAUCAUCAGCCUGCAAAUGAGGGAUAUUAAAACUGUAAAGAACAUAGAAAACCUUGGAAAGGAGGUUGUUGGCCUCUUGGAGUCAGGUGAAACCCGCACUCUUGCUGAGUGUAUGGAAAAUGGGUGGAGUUUUAUGGGCAACCAUUGGUUGUUACACCUUCCAUCCAAAAGCAAGAAUGAUGGCCAUAUCUUUGAGCUUAAAGGCACCAAGACAAUGAAAUUUUAUCCCGGGAGGAAGGGAGAAUAUGAACUGAGAUAUCAUGUGAAACAAGGAAAUGAAAUGGACUUUUUAACCGCAGUUGAAUUCUCCAUAGAAGAUCCUUAUGGAAAAGCUGUAGCAUUGCUGGACUUGAAAUCUAAACUUGUUUGGGCAAAGGAAAAGUGGAUGGUGUUGCCCGGAGUCAUAUUGACUUUUAUUGCUUCUGAUACUGUGAAAGAGGAUGGUUAUGAAGCCAUCAUUUCCAAAAGUAAAGAUUUAAAUGUGAAUGACACAGAUGAGGAAAUUAAAAGAAAUGCCUUGAAUGGAGUGCAGUUAAGCAGUGGAGUGUGCAGGGGAGAUGCAGGGAUGACAAAAAAGUUUGUAGUCUCAAGUGGAGGGUGUGGUAGUGGCUGUGGCAGUGGCUGUGGGAAUGCAGUGAAUAGUGGUGGCUGUGGAAGUGGCUGUGGUGGAGGAUGUGGAAAUAUGAUCAAGAGUGGUGGCUGUGGAAGUGGCUGUGGUGGAGGAUGUGGAAAUAUGAUCAAGAGUGGUGGCUGUGGAAGUGGCUGUGGUGGAGGAUGUGGAAAUAUGAUCAAGAGUGGUGGCUGUGGAAGUGGCUGUGGUGGAGGAUGUGGAAAUAUGAUCAAGAGUGGUGGCUGUGGAAGUGGCUGUGGUGGAGGAUGUGGAAAUAUGAUCAAGAGUGGUGGCUGUGGCAGUGGCUGUGGUGGAGGAUGUGGAAAUAUGAUCAAGAGUGGUGGCUGUGGUGGAGGAUGUGGAGGAGGGUGUGGAAAUAUAUUGGAGAGUGGUGGUUGUGGUGGAGGUUGUGGAGGAGGGUGUGGAAAUAUAGUGGAGAGUGGUGGUUGUGGUGGAGGCUGUGGAGGAGGGUGUGGAAAUAUAUUGGAGAGUGGUGGUUGUGGUGGAGGUUGUGGAGGAGGGUGUGGAAAUAUGGUGGGGAGCGGAGGGUAUGAAAUUGACAGCAUGAAGAAGAGUAGUGGAUGUGGUGGUGAUCUCUUGGGCAGUAAGUGUGUUGAUGAGCAUUUGAACGAGGAAGGACACCACAUGAAUGAAGCAUGUUUGAUUGCUGCUGCGUGAAGCAUGUUUGAUUGCUAUGUCUGUGAUAUGAGAUCUCUACCAUUGACGUAUUUGUGUAAAUACUAAUAAGCAAUGGGAGAGUUGAUUGAAUUAUAUAAUAAAAUUAUGACUUAUAUUUAAUUACUUGUAUACUAUGGGUGUAACCUUACAGUUACACUUUUGUA